AUGCUGCUCGCGGCCACGGGCGGUGCCUUCGUGGUCGCCGCCGCCGCCGCGCCUCGAGCUGCCGUGGGCUGGUGUGGCGAGGCGGUGCCUUCGUGGGCCUUCUUCGUCAAGUGGGACGACGGGCGGGUGCCGUUCGAGUGGGAGGGUGCCAAGGGCGAGGCGUACUGCCGCGUCGUCGGCGACCGCGCCCGCGAAGCCAAGGCGGGCGUCCCUCCAAUCCUGCUCGUCGGCACUCCCGGACUCGGAUACGACUACCUCGAGAACCUCGAGGCGUUGACGGUGUCGGACCGGCGCGUGGUCGAGGUGGUGUUUGCCGGCACGAACGGCGCCGCGUCGGCGCCGCUGCUCACCGCGGACGCCUGCGCCGCUCAGCUGGGCGCCGUCGUGCGGUCGCUCGGCGUGCAGAAGGCGGACACUUGCCAGACCGCGUCCGCGUCGUGCGUCUCGGAGGCGGCGGCGGCGGCGGCAGACGGCGUGCUGCUGCCGCCGCUCCUCGAUCGGAACGGCGACGGGGACAGCGACCGGCUUGCGAGCGGCGGCGAGGCAGACAUCGUCGACCGGUGCGUCAAUGUAUGCAACUGCAGAAGACGAGGCCGCAUGUCAAGUGCUAGUUGCUAUAAGAAGGAGACUGCGGUCGUGGGAGGGGCUGCCCUCGUCGGCGCGAGCGGGCACCUGCCCUUUGUCGAGCAGAAGGAGGAGUUCCUCACGCAGCUGCUCAAGUUUGCCGACCUGCAGUCGACCCUGCGCGAGGCGACGUCUGCCGAGAGCCCGCUCCGCAGCGCGGGGGCGGAGAGGGACUGCUCGGCCUACAAGACCGAGGCGGCUCGCAAAUACUGCCAGACUAGCACCAGGUCGUGA